GCGACGACUAUUAAAAAAAACUCCAAAUAAAUACACCGAAUUCGCCAUUGAAGCUUCUUUUAUCUCCUUCAAUGGCAACCAGCAAAUGCUACUACCGAAGACCGAGCCACCGGUUCAUCUCCGGCCAACAAACUUCGACCACCGGUUCAGAGUUUGAGCUCGACGAGUGGGAUAUCUACAGCCAGGGACGCCCAUCAUCCGAACCGCCCGAUUUAGGCUUAACCGAUAUUAUCUCGACCGUCGGUAGAACUGGAGUUAACGGGAAUCGGUUUCCGUCCGACGCAAUCGUGGGUACGGCCCCGGUAAACGUACCGGACUGGUCGACGAUCCUCGGGGAAGAGAGUCGCCGGAGAAGGGUGGCCGGGUCGUACGAGGAAGGAGACGGCCGUGAUGACGUGUCAGGAGGCGGAGGAGGACGGUGGCUGCCACCGCAUGAGUUAUUGGCGCGGCGGAGGAUGGCGUCGUUCUCGGUUCAUGAAGGCUCAGGGAGGACGUUGAAAGGGAGGGAUCUGAGUAGGGUGCGAAAUGCAAUUUUUGAAAUUACGGGGUUCCAAGAUUAAUAUUUGGAAACUUAAAAAAACUUAAUAUUUGGGAUUUGCGGAUACUUUUUUUUUUUUGGGGGUUCUCACGUAGUGCGAACGAUUUCUUGAAAUGCUCGUUUAUGUUUUGUUUGUUUUUUUUGCCACUGAGAAGUUUGGUCGAAUCCAUGGAGAUGGCGUUUUGAAAUUGUAUUAAAACUUUGGGCAUAUAUAUAUAUACAUAUAUGUUUAAAUUA